CUACUUUAUUGUAGCUAUAAAUAAGACGGCGUUUUUUCUUAUCAUCAUCACCUCUUACUUGUACUCGUAUUUCUUUUCUUCACAUUUCAUGCUUAUCCUUCCACCUGUAGUUCUCAAACAAUAUCUCAGCCUAAAAAUUUAAUGGAAUCCAAUUUUCCUUUGUUAUCUUUAGAUUUAAGCCCUCCAUUUCCAACAAAUCCUUCAUCUUUUCCUGAACUUUUAACUCGAUUUUUAAUCGUUGAAAUUACCAAUUCCAGCGAAUUAUCCAAACUUAAUACUUUAAUUAUUGGAUUGGAAGGUGAACUUAAGAAAAUUCAAGCAUUUCAGCGUGAACUUCCCCUUUCAUUUCUAAUCUUAAACGAUGCUGUAACCAAACUGAAACAUGUUGUGAACAAAAGUGAAGAAAAACUGUGUAGUGGUAAUUAUGAUAAAACGUCAAGGGUAAAUUUGGAAAUCGAUGAGUUCGAGAAGAAAACUUGGAUGAGCUCUGCUCAACUCUGGAGUCCGACAAGUGAGGAUGACGACUACGAGCCACCGCGUAAAAACGAUAUGGGGGCAAUUUUGUCAUUUUCUCCCAUAACCGGUGACGAUAUCCCAAGACUGUCACUCAUGCCUUCCAGUUUAGAUGAACCGGGUUCAGGGAAGCCUCGAACCGGACGGUUAUUAUCCGGUUCAGGUUUUUCUUCAGAGGUUAAUAAGAAAGUUAAACCGGACAGCAACUUCCUGUAUCAAACUGCUAGGAAGCGUCGGCGGUGCUGGUCGCCGGAACUUCAUCGACGGUUUGUCGAUGCUCUUGAAAAACUUGGUGGGUCCCAAGUGGCUACUCCUAAACAAAUUAGAGACCUUAUGCAAGUGGAUGGGUUAACUAAUGAUGAAGUUAAAAGUCAUUUACAGAAAUACAGGCUUCAUGUUCGGAAAAUUCCAACUAAUGCUGCCAUGGACCCUCGAUUGUCAACUGAUGAUGACCGGCAACAUUCGAGCUCUCCCGACGGCCCAUUUAACUUGGGCAGGUCCAUAAAAUGCAACUCGUCAAGUGUAGAAGAAGAGGAAGAUCAGGAAAAAUCUGAUGGGCAGAGUUGGAAGGCUCAGAAACAUAUGUAGACCUUAUGCUACACACCUUAAUUUGAAGGAUAUAAUUAAAAAAACUUAUAACAAGUACAUAAUCAGUACUGAGAUGCAAUGUUUUGACAUGCAUAGACUAUAGACUAUAGAGUACUAUAACAUAAUGUAACAAAGGGAUGGAAAUAUGUGGCUUACCUGAUUGCUCCCCAUUGAAGCAUUAAUCUAGAAUCAAAUAAAAUAAGAUGCCGCCCAAACAAAAUUUUGCCGUCACAUUUUUAGGAUUAUCUUUUUAUCAUUAUUCAUCAGUAUCUUUGUUUUUGUAUCACUAUUUACUGGUGUUAUUUUACUUUGUUAUGAAUUAUUAAUUUUUGAAAAAAAAAAAAACCCAAAAGGUUGUUUAUCUAUUUGGCCUAUUGCGUAAUUAUUUUACUAGUUGUAUAGAAAUUUUAUAUCUUAUUACUGAAAUAUGUCACUAUAGUUAUUAGUCAAUCCUAUACUCCUACUAAUGACCCUAUUAGUCUCAUAUGUAGAUUGUGAUAUAUAAUUUGUCUUAUUAUAUGAUAAAAUGU